AUGCCAUGCAACAACCCCGUCCUCCGCGAGCUCCAGGACCUCGUUGGUCUGAACCGUACCAACUUUGUGCGCGCCCCUCGCGUCAAGCCCGGUAUCCAGUUCCCCACCAAGGCCCACAACCCUCUCCUCGGCAUCCUGGUGCUCCUUUUUGACGGCCAGGACAAGCACCUUAGCGAUGACAUUGUCAUCACCGACGAGCCCCUCACCACCACUCAAAUUAAGGCUGUCGUUGACGGGCUCGUCGGCCACCGCCGCCCUUACUCGUUGGAGCAGGGCAUCGACGGCGUAUCGCAACAAGUCAUCAAGGCUGGAAACGUCUUCCAGCGUAUCAAGAAGCUCUUCCCCAAACUGGAUGAGAAGCUCUUCUCGCUCCUUAUCAACUGGGGCGAUUCCUCGCCCGGCCCCAUCCGCCAUCACAAGCCCCUCCUCAAGUACACCGACCGCGAGCUCGACUGUCUCGGCUGCUUUACGCGUCUCGCCCUUGCCGUCCACCUGGGACUCAUGGACAAGAUGCAGGGCGUACCGCGCGCCCUUGCCCAGCGUCCGGCCAUUUGGUCCGGUGGUCCAAACACCCCCGCCGUCAUCGGAUACUUGUUUGUCUCGGUCCCCUUCUACAUCGAGGUGUGGCAGGCAGGCAAGUUCAUCCCUCCCUUCCGUCUUCGAGUCCACCCCAACCUCGUUGACCCCUACCAUCGCCACUGGCUCAGCAAGGACCGCGCCAUGGCCGAAACAGUGUUUCGUGCAGAGUGUGCCAGGCGUGGCUGGGACGAGGAAGACGCGGCCGACAAGGUCCACGGCUUCAGCUACGAGUUUAGCCGCAAGUGGUCGGAUGCGGACCCUCGUGCCCGCGCAAACAAGGCUAUUGUGUGGGACGAGGUCGUCACCUACUUUGAUGGCCAUCCCAUGUAUGUCCCUCACAAGGGUGGUCGCCGCGGCGUUCACGUCGGAUCCACCUGGUACGACAUUCCUUCCUUCGACUCGUAUUUCUGGCAAGAGGUCCACGAGCUUCACAAGAUCAAGGUCACCAAUGGUCGCCUUCUGCCGGCCGAUAUGGACAAGCACUUCCCAAGCCUCACCUAUGCCUAUGUGUAUAAACGUGCGCUGUGGCACAACGACGAAGAAGAAGCUCUCGGGGACAUCUUCACGCGUAUCGCUGGCGAAGAGCCUACCGCCGAGGAGUUUAGCAAUGACGAUUGUUCCAGUGAUGGCAAGUAA